GCCAUUGUAUUAACUGUUUAUGUGUAUGUGUUAUACACAUGUAUAUCCCGUUUCCAUAUAGGAGCAAAACAGUUAAUUAUUCUACACGUGAAAUACUGAGGCGUUGCUCUUCGUGACCGAAAUAAGGGGUUGACGCUCCCGCUGACCUCGCAGCACUAGACACCUGAUGCUACAAGCUGUCAACAGAUAUAUUUUAGUGUAUUAAUUUAAACAUGACAGAGUGACAUUGCCCCUAAGCUACAACAGGAAGACACUAACACUAAUUAUUAUCUCCUGUUUCCUUAAGACUGACGUGACAGCACUGUACGUAGGUGCAGCCGAGAAGGACCUCACAUAACAAAACACAUCCAAUCUAGUCGUAUACUGCAAAAUGGCGGAGCGCAGAGAAGAUCAAGACAGCGAUGAAGACUGCUAUGAAGUGGUGGAUUUGACAGAUUAUGCAAGACGGCAUCAAUGGUGGAGCCUGGUCUUUGGACAAAAUUCCGGGCCGAUUGCAGAGAAAUAUUCAGUCACUACUCAGAUAAUGAUGGGUGGAGUAACAGGCUGGUGUGCAGGAUAUCUGUUCCAAAGGGUUGGGAAGAUUGCAGCUACAGCAGUCGGUGGUGGAUUUAUUUUACUACAGUUUGCAAAUCACAGUGGGUACGUGCAGGUUGACUGGAAGAAAGUGGAAAAAGACGUCAAUAAGGCGAAAAGGCACCUAAAGAAGAAGGCCAACAAAGCAGCACCCGAAAUCAGCAAUGUAAUUGAAGAGUCUACAGAAUUCGUGAAGAAGAAUAUUGUGCUGUCCAGCGGGUUCCUUGGAGGAUUCUUGCUUGGGCUUGCAUCAUAAGGAUUCAAGGCCUACAGGAGCUGCCAAAACAUUACUUGAUAAUAGUAACUGAAGCUUUUUUUCUGUUCACGAGGAGGAAGGGAGAGUCUGAACAAUAAUGCUGGAGCAGGAAGAAAAGCAUCAGUACAGCCAGGGCACUCCACAAUGCUUUCCUCCUCUUUACUGUGCCUCUCAAACCAGCAAGAGCCCAGGAAUCUCGUCAGUACUCAUUAAAAGUGAGUUGUAGAACCUGUGCAUUGUGCAGAAGCAACACUCACAGAUUCUGCUUUGCUUGUCACUACCCGUGUGGUGGUGUCUCAUUUUGCCUGACCAAGAAAGUGUUAUAGUUAUAUUAUAAUCUCAUGCCAUUUUGUAACACCAGAAACACUAAUUGGAUGUAUUGUUUAAAAUAGUGUCGAAAUAUUAUAUAUUCUUUGUAAAUGUUGUUAUUAUUGUUGGGGUCUUUUUGUGUUCGUUUUCAGUCGUUUUGCCUUUUAAAAAGAAAGUACAAUACAUGUGGGGGUCAGUCUAGUCCCAGUAUGCAAUUCAAAAUAUAUUUUAAAUUUAAAGUUGUAUUUUAUAUUUUCUGUUUAAUACAUUAAAAUAAUAAUGGUGAAUGCAAAUAUUGCAUAUAUAUAUUUCUCAUGUCACUUCUAACCAGUUUUACCAUAAAAUGAUGGUUGUUGAAAGCAGCGACCAAUUUUUAUGACCAGUUAAUCAAUAUGCUGGUAAAGGGUAUGCUCGUAGGACAAUGAAUCUGGACAGGAAGCAACAGCAGACCAUGAGGAAGCAAGCUGUGGGGUUGACACCUUGGGGCUAACUCACAAAGCCAUUACAGUACUCCAGCACCAUUUUUCACUGAAAGAAGACACCUAUUGAAGCUUUAAAACCUGCAACUAAUGAAUUCAAUAUUCUUUAGUUUACUUCUGUUUGUUUUUUGUUUUGUUUCUUUAACAUUAGUGGGGGGUUUUUUUGUUUUGUUUUUGUUUUUUUUUGUAAUAGGCCUUGCUAUAUUGGCAUCUUGUUUCAGAGGGCGCUUCUGUUGAGUGCUUUUGGGGUCACCUACAGAUGACGUCACCAUCUAUGAUGCAAGGUGCCAAGAUACCAAUCUCUAAAUCAUGCCCUAUGACACAGACGUAUUUGCCAGAGAUUACAGGCCACUGUUGGCCUACUCUGGAUCAAUCUUGCCCAUUCAGCACCAUUUAUUAACAUCCAAAUAUUGUUUGGAGAUGAUGAGUGCUUGUUUUUAAACUUGCAUGACAGAAUAAAGACCAAUGCAAUCACAAAAA